AGUGUAAGGCCGAGUUAGUGUCGCGGCGGGCGGGGAGAUAGCCACGAGCGUGUGGGGGCCGCCAGCGCCACCCUUUGUUAGGGCGGCGGUGGCGUCCUGCUGGCGAGGUGGCGGCGGCUCAAGGACGGCCGCCCCACCCUCACCUGGACCACCGUGGCGGCGGCGGCGGCGGCCACAAAGUGGAUUCCACCUGCUUGGGCCCCGCUCAGCAGGUGACCCCGCUGGCUGGUCCCCGCCCCGCAUACCCUGCUGUAUUUAGGAAUGCUUGGCCCCAGUAACCCCUUGUGUUCCAGGAGCCACCUCACCUGUGCUGUGUCUAAUAACCAACGUGUGCGUGUGACUCUCAGUGUUUCUAGUGUUGCUGCUGCUAGUGUUGUGAGCCACGUAGGGUACACUGAAAUGGUAUGGGUGGGCGUGUGAGGCUUGUCACGUGGUAUUCCUGACCUGACCUCCUGUUGGGUGACCACCACGGUAGUUGGUUGUGCAGCCUUUUGAGAGCACACAGCCCAGCCCAGCCCAUCAGGUGCAGCAGUGGUUGGUGCAAGCCAGCUCCUGCGUGCGUGUGUGUGUGCGUGUGCGUGUGAGGGGUGAGCUGAGGAGAAGUAGCAGGUGUCUAAAAACAGAGGAGUGAGGCAGCCCAGCAGCUGCCCGCCCCAACCCCAUCCACAACUCUGGCAGGAGGAGAACAACAGAUUGACCGGAGGAUGGAGCGAGAGAGCAACCAGCUGGAGGCCGGACCCAUUCUGUGCCGCACUGGCUGUGGCUUCUUUGGGUCCCCAAACACUGAUGGGCUCUGCUCCAAAUGCUACAAGGAUGCUCUCAAGAAGAAACAGCAACCACCCUCCAGUGUGACCUCCCCCACCUCUCCGGCAGCAUCCAGCCCUGCCCCUCCAGCUGCUGCCCUCCACCAGACCCCAGCUGCUGCCACUACCACUGCUCAGCCAACGGUUCCUUCCCUUACACAGGUGGGUGGGGCAGCGGCGGAUAAGCGUGAAAGUGGGGAAGAGGGCGGGGCGUCUGCCUCGGAGGACCUGGACCCAGCCAGCCCAGACAAGGAUGCAGGCAAGAAGAAGAAAAACAAAUGCCAGAUGUGUAAGAAGAAGGUUGGGCUGACAGGGUUCACGUGCCGGUGUGAGGGCCUGUUCUGCUCCGUGCAUCGCUACAGCAACGAGCACCGCUGCACCUUCGACUACCGUGAGCAUGGGGCGGAGGAAAUAAGGCGGAACAACCCUGUCAUCAAGGGUGAGAAGAUCCAGAAGAUAUGAAGCAGAGGCUAGCGGGCCCUCCCCCCUCCCCCCCCUGGUGAUGACUGGACUGGCGACGCCAGCUGGCCCAGCAGUGUUGAGACUUGGCAGGAUUUUUUUUUAUUAUUAUUUUUCCUUGUUCUAUGAAUAUAUUUGAAAAAAUAGGCCUAUUUGUACAGUGGGGUCAGCGCAGGGGCGGGCCGUCCGCAGGGCCGCGGCGGAGUUUUGAGUUGUGUUGGUUGGCUCUGCUGUGUUGUGUACGUGUGUGUGCGUGGGGCCGCCGCCCCGCACCGUGUCUAGCAUUACCUCAUCGCGUCACCACUCACCCCCUCGCCUCAUCGCUUCACCACAGUCAUCAUCACCGUCGUCGCCGCACCCUCGCGCAUCAUCACAUCCCAUGUCGUCUAGUUUGUAGGCGCCCCAGCCCGGGGACCUGUCGGGCCAAACUCGGUCCGUACGUCCUUGAGAGAUAUAAUAAAGUGGCGUUGUUCUUUCCGGAAGGGCGAGGGAAGGAAGCCGCUGGGGUAGACGUGGCUCCUGGGCCGCGGCCUGCCUUACUCGGCCGUUGGAACCGUCGGCCUGGUCAGCUCCAGCGGCAGGCCGUCAUUAUGCACUGGGACUCACUUAGAGACGAACUCUCGCCUUUUGUACCGAGCGUAUUAAACCUACUAAAUACUGCAACAUUUGUAGUGGCUACGAAGAAUGACAACAGUGAGGUUUCCUUGUUUGUGUGAAUGGAGACUUACCUCUUACUAGGGCACCUGUGUCACUUUACCUUAACCAAACCACCGCCCGCCCUCGCCCCGACCGCGAGGGAUACUUGCCGGGUUUUUUUUUGUGAGACUUCUCUUGUUUGUGUUUUAUUGCAGUAGUCGGUGCUUAUACAGAGUAGCGGACACGCUGGAACAUCAAUUUUAACGAAGAAUAAAGGUUUAACGUGGCAAGCUCCUUACAAAUGUUGCCUGAUGAAUGACAGCCAUGUUUGCUCCUUCCAUUUUAGUGUUUAGUUUAUCAUGCCAGUCGGUUGGCAUCUUGUUUGUGAGGAGUUUGUUUCUUUGCUUUAUAACUAUUCCCUCUUUGAUUACCAUUAUUAUCAAUAGUCAUUGUUACUAUAUACGAUUUGUAGUCAAAUAUGUCCUGGUGUGCUCAAUAAAUGGGUACAGCUAACUA